GCCGGAAGCGGACGUGUCUCGAGCCCAGGUGCAGUGCUCACCGGAGCCCGUGGAGACGGGACGUGACCACGUGUAGAUGGCGGGACGGGAUCGGAUCGUGCACCUGCUGCGGCAGCUGGAGCGCGCGGCAUGCAGGUGUCCAGCUCACUCCAACGCCUUCCACCAAGGAGCUGCUGUCCCUUGCACCGUGAGGAAGACUGACUAUGCUUUUGAGAUGGCGAGCUCAAACAUCAGAUACGGCCCUGGAGUGUCCAGAGAAGUGGGAAUGGAUGUGGCGGCGCUCGGAGCUCGGCGCGUGUGCCUGAUGACAGAUCAGACUCUGGUCUCUCUGGAACCAGUCCGGUCCGUCCUCGGGUCUCUGACCCAGAACCAGGUCCAGUUCACCGUCUACGAUCGAGUCCGAGUAGAGCCCACGGAUGCCAGUUUCAAAGAGGCGAUCUCAUUUGCAAAGGCAGGGCGUUUCGACGCGUUUGUGGCGGUGGGCGGGGGCUCUGUGAUUGACACCUGUAAAGCGGCCAAUCUCUAUGCCUCGCACCCCGACAACGACUUCCUGGACUUUGUCAACGCUCCAAUCGGAAAAGGGCUCCCUGUGACUGGCAAAGUCCGGCCCCUCAUUGCCGUGCCAACCACAGCGGGCACAGGCAGUGAGACAACAGGAGUGGCCAUCUUCGACUACGAGCCACUCAAAGCCAAAACAGGUAUUGCAAGCAGAGAGAUCCGUCCCCUGCUCGGGAUCGUGGACCCGCUGCACACACUGAGCAUGCCCAGUAGAGUGGCAGCCAACAGUGGCUUUGAUGUUCUCUGUCAUGCUCUGGAGUCAUACACUGCCCUGCCGUACCACCAGAGAUCCCCUUGCCCCCCGCACCCUCAGCUGCGCCCGGCGUAUCAGGGCUCGAACCCCAUCAGCGACGUUUGGGCGGUGCACGCGCUCAGGGUCGUUGCCAAGUACUUCAAACGUGCGGUGCGGGACCCCGAGGACCUGGAGGCACGUUCGGCGAUGCACUUGGCAAGUGUGUUCGCCGGGAUCGGCUUUGGGAACGCCGGAGUGCACCUCUGUCACGGCAUGUCCUACCCCAUCGCAGGAAACGUGAAGACGUACCGAGCGCAGGGCUACAAUGUGGAGCACCCCCUGGUGCCUCACGGUCUCUCUGUCGUCCUCACGUCUCCGGCCGUCUUCAACUUCACCUCCUCCAUGUGCCCAGAGCGCCACCUGGAGGCUGCUGAGAUACUGGGCGCAGAUGUCAGUGGUGUGCGGCGCUCAGAUGCGGGGCGGGUGAUCUCAGACACUCUGAGGACCCUGCUGUGGGAGCUGCAGGUGGAAGACGGGCUCCAGGCGCUUGGCUACUCCUCUGAGGACGUCCCUGCACUGGUGCAGGGAACUCUCCCCCAGGAGCGCGUGACCAAGCUCUCACCUAGAAGCCACACCCAAGAUGACCUCGAGGAGCUGUUCCACCAAUCAUUGAAGCUCUACUGACCCCACCCCUUAGACCAGCCAAUCGCUGAGGCUGAAUUCUGUGAUUGGCGGGAUUUCUUGGAAUGGGCUGUACAGAGGAGAUGGAGGGAGAAGACAAGGAGAGGGAAUGAUGAUGAACUACCUCAGGGCCGCUUCUUUAUUAGAAUUUUUUUCACUUUGAACCGUGUUUUGAUUAAAUAAAUGAAAUUAUCAUAAAUGUG